UUAAUACUGUUCCUUCAUCAAGGCACAUGUCAAAAAUGUUCUACUGGAUUAUUCUUUUUUACACGCUUCCAAACUCAGGAAGUCAAUAGAUAAUUAUUUGCAUCUUUCGUGAUAAUGAUUUUUGUCAAGAUAUAUUUUGAGAUUGAUCUAUGCAAGGAAGAAUGACGUGUAAUAUACUUAUUCUUUACACAACAGACACUGACGAACUUACCAAGGAACUUCUCACAUGUUUGAACAAUGUUUCAAUCAACUCCAUUUGCUUAGACGAUGAGGAAGAAAUUCCAAAGCUAUCUCAUAUUCAGAAAUUGUCCAAUUCUAGGCUUUACAUUAUAUUUUUUUCACCGAAAUUCUUAACUUUCUUGGAAACGAAGCCGUUGGAUGCUUUUUACAUAUGCAACCAGCUGGAGCCGAAGUCAGUUGUGGCUAUCUUUUGUAAUGGAUUAGCAGAAAAAGAUAUCCGAUGUUACCAUACUGCAUCUCUUAGAGAUUUCAAUAGUUGGAGUAAGUUCCACAUUGAAGAACAAUCCCAUGGAAGUGAAAAAAAGCGUGUUUUUCCUACUGAUUUAAUCAAUAAAGUCAAAUCAGUGAUAUACAAUGGCUGUUCAGAGAAAGAUGACGUGAUAGUUGUUCCUCAAUAUCUUACCAAAGACAAUAAUACUGUUUAUGUGAUAUUUUCGAAAGCUAUUGAGAAAUCAGAUGAUAUAAAAAUCAGGCUAGACAACAAAAUGAGUUGUGAGGUUGCAGCUGAAUCUAUGAAUCCAUACGUAUUGAAAUUUUCUCUAUUUAAUUCAUUCUUAUAUAGCCCUCAUGUGGUCAGUAUAAUGGUCCUAAAGAAUGGGACAAUCAUGGCUCAACAAAAGAUACAUUUGCUAUGGGACAUGCAGAGACUUUUAAGUAGAUCUCCGGAAAACGGGAAAAAUUUUAAUCUCAGGCACGUUCAGUCGACACAAGAAGAAAUAAAUCUGGAUGAGCAGCUACGAUUUUUGUCUUACAUUUCAGAAAUGCCCUCAGAUAUAAAUGAUUUAGAGUAUACAUCCUAUCCUACAAUUUUACAGAGCAACCUACAAAAAACAAAAGAAAAUGAUGUUGAUGAUGAAUUAAACUUUAAAACACUUUGUGAACACUAUGGAGUGAAAGAUUCAAGCCUUUCAAUGGAUGAGGAUACUGCAUCGUCCAUUAAUUCAACAGAACUUACAAUCAAAGAGAGUGACGUGACAGAAAAAGAAGUUGAUGAUUUUGAGAAAAACAGUCUCGGAAGUACACUUAAAUUACCGGAUAUGGAUGCUUCUUAUCAAAUGAAAUCUUUCAUCGAAGUGGAUUCAGCAGCUCCUGUUUCAAGAUAUACUCGGAGAUCUCUUUCAUUACCAUCGACUUUGAUUUCGGUCACUGAGAACUGGGACAGUGAGGAAUAUUACUUGGAUAUGACUAACAAAAAACAUACAGAAUCCGAAAAGAAAACGAAACCACAUGAGAAAUUGAUUCAAAACAUGGUUGGUAAUCAAGAUAAUCUGGCUAGUACCACUGGUCCGACAAGUCCGUCUUCUCUAUCUAGUGGACAUUAUGUUACGAUGAACAUAGCUGCCGUUGAGCAAAGAAACAGGUUAUCUUUAUUGAAGAGACCCCUAACCCGUAGUCAGCAAGAAUUGCUUCAUUUGCUGCAUGGAUGUAAAAUGGGUGAUACGACGAUUUCGAACGCUGAGAAUGAGUUUCAACAAUGGAGAGAAAGGCAUUGCAUUACAAAUUCCGAGAAAAGAGAGCCGUUGCGUUUAACUCAUGAGAAAGCUAGAAAAAUGAUGGUUUUUUCAUUUCCAUGGAAAAAGUCAAAGAAAGAGUCAAAGAUUACGGAUCAACAAAAUAAGGUUUCUCCAACAAUAACUGAUUCUUCAUUACAUUCGACUCUUUCCAGAAAGAUAUCUAAUACAUCAAGUAAUAGCUCUAAAGCAAGUGUGGCAAGUCAGCUGAGUGUACAACGAUUUGGUGAUGCUACACCAGAAUUUAUAAAGGAAAAUGGAUUUUCUGAACCACCAAGAUGGGUCUCCACUGAUCCUCGAGCAUAUAAUAAAACUCAAUGUCCACUUUACCCUCAGAACUGUCCACCGCCGUUACCUACUAGACCACCUCCGCAAAAACCAAUACCUCAUACUAGACCUAUACCACUUCCACGAAAGAUGAAGAAUUUGAAAAAAGUAGAGCCAAUUUAUGUUAACCUUAUAAAAGAGAAUGAUAAAUGUGAAUGCGAAGCAGAAAAAAAUACUGAUGACAGUUUUAAAAAUGAAUUUCAAAGCUUUGUUGAUUUGUGUGAAAAGUACGGUCUUGAUGAAUUGGGUGAAUGUUUCAUAAGUGGAGCACUUUUCGUGAAUUCCAUUUCCUUAAGAAAAAGAAAGAACUCUAAUUUUGAAAGGCAUAGUACCCAUUUGAAAAGGACGGAUGCGGAAGGAUAUGAGGCUCUUCUAAAAAAUGAUUUGCAAAGUAACCGGAAAAAAGUAUCCUUAAGAAGAUCUAAUUCUUUACCAUCAACUUUUGAAAAAUCUGGAGAAUAUACAGACGUCAAUUUCGAAAUAGAUAAUAAUAAAAAAGUCGUCGAGAGAGAAUCAUUAAAUAUUCAACUUAAUGAUAGCCAACAGGAACUUCUUGAAUUAAUGAAUACAUUCAAGAGAGGAGAUAAAACGAUAUCUCAAGUUGAAGAACAAUUUAAGGAAUGGCAUGCCCGCCACGUUGACCUUCCAGCAAAUUUGGCUUCCAGUCCCAAGUCAAAGCCAAGAAAAAUUCUGAAACAACCUUCUUUUUCGAUUCCGGGUUUGAGAAAUUUCAUCUUGGGUAGACCGAAGAAAAAAACUCACAACGAAAAGCACUCAAUUGAAAUUGAAUCUCCAAAAAAUAAACGAAGUAAAGGAUCAUCUGAUGCAUGCUCAUCGCCUGCAAUGCAAAAUCGCCUGAGUAAAAUUUCCGUCACUAGCACAUCAAGUGGAAGUUCUGAUCAUAACGAAGUUAAGUUACAAAAAAAGAACAAUGGAAGCUGCAGUGAUAUACAAAAGAAACCAUUACCACCAAUACCAAUUUCAGCACAUUGUCCUGAAAAAAUUAAUAAAAGCAACGAAAAAGCUAAAAUAACGAAAGAGGAUGACUACCGAUGCAGACAACAAGCCCGGAGAUCGCCGAUAAAGCCUGUACCUGCACCAAAACCCAAAAUAUUAUUUAGGCAAAAAUCAAACGCAAUGGAACCUGAAAAAUCUAGAAUUGAUUUGAUGCCCGAAGUGGAGGCUCCAUCGCCCCCUAGCUCACCAGACUACAUAAUCCCUAAAAAUAGGUCUUUCCGAGAAUACCAACUGAAUAAGUUUAAAGAAAGAGCAGCUGCGGGUUCUGUAACCAACAAGGUUAAGAAUACGCAAAUAAGCACGGAAGUCAAAACAGAAAAAGUAUUACUGCCGACUAGAAUUUCUCACGCCACUAAUGUCUCCAGACCGUUCUUGAAUUCAACGUCAAGCUCCGUCGCGGAUGAUGGACCUGUGUUACCACCAGAAACCCUUUUGUUGCUGAAGGAGGCUAAUUUAAUCAGUCCAGAAAUAUUACCAACUCCCACUAAGAAUGAAAUGUCUCUGUUUUAUGUAAGAAGAUGUAGUUCAGUACCCAGUAUGAGUCUCCAGCAUUUGUCUAGUCAGCCCAUUUACCUGGAACUUUUAGGUCAAGUGGAAGGUGAGCCCAAUAGAAUGUCGAAUACUCUGAAUGUUGGACACAAGACAUAAUGAAAAGACAGUAACAUUCAAAGUGCUGGUUAGUAUAAUAUUUGUGUGUAAAUUCUCAAUGGAAUAAAUUUUAAUAAAUUCAGUACUCAACGUUGUUCGAAAAUACAAUUCAGUACUCAGAAUGAUUGUGUUGCAUUUAAUGAAAAUGAGCCCAAAAAGAUUCCCCUACCAUGAAUGUUAUAAAUGAUGCACCCAAAACUGAGCAAAAUCGGAUGUACCAUUAAGUUCAUCCAAAUAAAGGAAAGCUAGCUUAUUUAACUAGAUUACACUUCAACGUAUGGAAGUGAAAUUUCGCUUUCUUUUAUUUGAUUAAGAGUGAAAAAGCAAAAUAAAUAGAUAAAAUAUCGGAAACAAUGCAUCUAAAUAGUAUCUAAGUAUAAAUUACAUUUAUAAAAUCUUACAAUAUGUCUUAUAAGUAUUUGAUAAUAAUAGCUUAUUUAAUCACUUUCCCUAGUAACCCCUUUCUUUUCUAUCGCCAAAGUCAGAUGCACGAUGUCUUGAAAUUUUUUACUACUUACAAAGAGAAGGGUAUUUUAUAGUUUGUCACAGCUUUUGGAUGUUCAGGUUUUGAGUUAUCUUUACUACACUGUUUCAAAUUGUCUUUAAAGGUUACAAUUACUAUGAAAAGCAAAAUAAAGAUCCUUUAUUUCGCUUUUCAUAGUAAUUGUAUUAUCAAAUGGAGAAUAUUAUGAAUGUAUAUAAGCAAGGUAUGAUGAAGUUAGCACUUCUCUAUUGUAGAAUAAGUGUUGCUAAGUGGUAUCUAUUAAAAUAUAUUAACAGACAUAUUAAUAACGGAUUAAUAUAUGUGUUUAAUAUACACUUUAAUCAUUUGAGACUAUGUAUUUCCUUCUCUUUUGCUCAGAAAAAGUUCCUAACUUGGUUAAAUUAACCUCGUAAUUGGUUUAAUUAACCUCUAAGGAUGUCUUGAAAUUUUUUACCACUUACAAAGAAACGAGUAUUUAAUAGUUUGUCACUGAUUCGAACUUUUUUUUUUUUUUUGGAUGUCCGAGUUUUGAGUUAUCUUUAAAAGUUAAUGUCCUUUAUUUUGCCUCUCAUAGUAAUUGUAUUAUGAAAUGGAGAGUAUUAUGAAUGUAUAUAAGCAAGUUACGAUGAAGUUAGCACUUCUCUAUUGUAGAAUAAGUGUUGCUAUGUAGAAUCAUAAAAUAUAUUAACAUACAUAUAAAUAAUGGAUUAAUAUAUGUGUAUAUAUACAUUUCACUCAUUUAUUUCCUUCUCUUUUGCUCAAAAAUUAAGUUCCUAAGUAGGUUAAAUUGAGUGUAUAUAAAUAAAUAAAUAUUUGGAGAAAUAGAUUUGUGGAAUUGAGUAUUGUAAGAAAGUGUAUUUUUAUAUAGAUAUAACCUUUUUUCUGUAGAUAUUGCGUUGCUAAAUAAAACAUAUUAAGAAUAUAUAUAAUUAUACAAGUAUCUGUAAGGUUAUGUAACAUCCGUUUUUGUAGAAAUGUAUUGGUCGAAUAGAGUAUAUAACAUGUACCUUUAUAUAAAAACAUCUGUAAAGAUACAGAAUUAAAGUUUUUGUCGAAAUCGAAUUCUGUCUAAUCGAAUCGAAUUUGAUGUAUAUAGUAUAUUAGUUAUGUAGAAUAUUAAUAUACUCUGUAUAUUUAAUUGAUGUCGAUAAAAACAUAACUUUAGCAUGAAUCUUUACAGAUCCACAAAAAUAGAUGAAUUACUUUUCUGUUGAAGUUGAUUGCUAAUAAGACCACAUUAAAAGUCUGUAUAUCCUUACAAAUGUCUAUUAAAGUAUGCAACUUUCUUUUUUUAGAAAUUGAUUUGCUAAAUAGAGUAUGUAACAAUAUGUGUCAUAAUAUAAGCAUCUUUAAAUAAAGAUACUUAAUUUCCA